AUGUCGACCUCUGACAAUACCUCUCCUUCGACUGGUGAAGUUAUCUUCACCAACACAAACACUCUUUUUAAUGUUAACACAUCCAAUGUUACCAAGCUUCACGACACCAACUAUCUCAUGUGGAGUCUACAGAUCCAUGCCUUAAUUGAUGGCUAUGAGCUCUCUGGUUAUCUUGAUGGUUCUCUCCCACCACCUCCUACCACUGUCACGACGAACGCCACAACGAAACCAAAUCCUGAUUUCACGUUUUGGGAACGUCAAGACCGUCUUUUCUAUAGCGCUCUCUUGGGUGCUAUAACGACCUCUGUUCAACCAUUGAUGUCUCGUGCUACCACUACUGCUGAAGCAUGGACUACUCUUGCGGAUACAUUCGCCAAACCUAGUCGCAACCACUUCAAACAAAUCAAGGAUCAGAUCAAAACUUGGACCAAAGGUAACAAAUCUGUUGCUGAAUAUGUACGUGGGCUCACUGUUCGCUUUGAUGAACUCGCUAUACUUGGAAAACCGAUGGAUCAUGAAGAUCAAAUUCAGAAAAUCCUUGCUGGUCUUCCUGAUGACUACAAGCCGGUCGUUGAUCAGAUUGAGAAUAAAGACUCUCCUCCCACCAUCACUGAAGUUCAUGAACGCCUCCGCAAUCGUGAAGUCACACUCUGA